CUUACGCUCUCUCUGUGUGGCUCUAGACGGAAAGUCGACGGAGAUCAUGGCGGGGAAGCAAAUCGGCGGUGAGGGCUUGCCAGCCAACAUAGCCGGAAUGUCGAAGAAUCAACUUUAUGAUAUCAUGUCUCAGAUGAAGACACUUAUAGAACAAAACCAGCAACAAGCAAAAGAGAUCCUUAUUCAAAACCCUCUCUUGACUAAAGCCCUUUUCCAGGCUCAGAUUAUGCUUGGAAUGGUUAGGCCCCCUCAAGUGAUUCCUACCAUUCAGCCACCUGUAUCACAACAAUCUCAGUCUCAGCAAUCAUCACAACAGCCUCCAAUGCCAAACAUCCAACCAGCAAAAUCAUUUCAAGGUCAACUUGGGUUGCAGGACCAAACUGCUCCAUCCCAGACCCAACCUCCUUUAAGGGAACAACAUCAAAACCAAGCUGGCACACAAAUCUCAGCUGCUUCUGUACCUGCAGCAACCUUUCCGUCUCAACCCAUGACACAACAUUCCCUUCAGACACCUCGGCAGAUGAAGGGACAUCUGAAUCCUCCAGUGCCCCUUCCUCAAUCAUCCCAACUGCCAAAUGUACCUUCACUUCCUCUUCAUCCAUCUUCACAGCCCCAACAUCAUCAACAAACACAUAUGCCAAUGGCAUCCGGCCAGUUGCAACAGUCAUUGCAGACAACUGGAAUUUCUCAUAUGCCUCUGCAGCCACCUAUGGCACAACAGGCAAGACCCUCCUCUGUGCCAACUUUACAUCAUCAGUAUACUCCCCAAAUGGGUCCUAAUGUCAGUUUCCAGCACCCUGGUGUUCCCCAGCAUCAUUCACAGCCGAUGUUCCAUUCUGGUAAUAAACCGCCACCUGGCCUUGGUUCCUCUUUUCCACAAGGACAGACACCACACUCAAAUCAGUUGCCACCUCAAUCAAUGUAUCAAAAUCAAGCAGGAAGCUUACAUUUAGGAUCCGACUUUGGCAAUCAAGUUCGAGGUUCAAUGCAGGCCAAUAGAGGAUCUUCUUGGAUGUCAAGCCAACCAGAUAAUUCAACACUACCACAGCUUCAAGGACCCUCGUCUUUGGUUCCCAAUCAGAUGGGUCCUGGAAACCAGGCCCCUCGUACUGCAUCGUUGACUCCUGAGAUGGAGAAGGCACUACUUCAGCAGGUAAUGAGCCUCACUCCAGAGCAGAUUAAUCUCUUGCCUCCAGAGCAAAGAAAUCAAGUACUUCAGCUCCAGCAGAUUCUUCGCCAAUGAGAAGGUUUAAUAGCUGCGGAGGGUUAUAGGAAUUAAUUUCAUCUCAAGGCUCCUUUGCGAGCUUGCCAAUUUAUUUGAAGGCCAAUACAAAGCUUUUUAAAGUUGAGCCUUAUGUGGUAAGAAGUGUUGUGACUUGCAGAUGCUUUUAUCGUUUACUUUUUGGCUUCUCUAUCCCGGUGUUUGUUUGGCCUAAAAGCAGGUGAGGAAGUACUGAUACUAAAGUUGAGAAAUGGGGAAGUGCCUCAUUUUGUAGAUUAGCCAAGCGUCUUAUUUGGUUUCAAAUAUUAGAUAUGAUGAUUCGUGUGUUGAAUAUAUGCUCUGCUUAUACUAAGACAGGAAACAAGGAAUCCAUUGAAUGUCUAGAGACUAGAAUGGAUAUAGCAUGUCAAAACACAUAGAUUGUGAUCCAUUAUAGUCGAGGUUAGUAUAUUCUUAUUUCAUCAUCGUAAAGCUCGAUAAUUGAGUCGUGCCUGACUAAGCUCAUGGAAAGACCUAGUUAAGUCCUUCAUAGAACAACAUGAUGAAAAUGGUGCACGAUCACCUUUGAUCGUGACGAGAGCCACCAUCCUUUUUGUUAAUACCCUCAGGGCACCAUAUUAUGUCAAUCGUCAAGGAAUCAUUUUUUA